AUGUCCUCCGUAUUCCCUCUCCUCUCCGUAUCCUCUUCCUCUUCCCUCCUCUCUCCUCCUCUUCUCUCUCUCUCUCUCUCUCUUGUCUCCUCGUCCCCCGUCCCAUACCAAACACAAAGAAGUCCCGCCCUGUAUACCCCACGCGCGCUGCGCUGCGCCUCGCCUCUCCCCGUCUCCCCGUCUCCCUCCGUCACUCCCCGUCUCGUCUCACCGCCGUCCUCGGCGCCGCCGCGCGGCGCCCGACCGUGCACAAACCUCACUUACUUACCUACUGGCUCGCCGCAAUACAGAGCACACGCCCUGCUCGACGCGGGUAGACUCCUGAUCUCAUUUGCACGCGCGAGCGUGAGUGAGUGA